AACUGUCAAAGUGGCGCUGUUAUAGUUGGUGCCCAAAACAUUGCAUUUCUCUUCGUUAAAAAUAAGAAAAAUAUUUAUUCUAUCAAAAUGACUCGAUGUAUUGUAUUGAAAUGCUCGGAAAUAGGAGUCCAUCGUAUCCCAAAAGAUAAUAAAAUUCGUCGGCUUUGGUUAAAAGCCAUUCGCCGUGAAGAUUUGAUUCCAACAAAUAAUUCGAGGUUAUGUCGGAAACAUUUUGUGGAAAGUGAUUACGAAAAAAUCAGCAAAUACACAGGAGUUGAACACCAGCACAAAUAUCUCAAGAAAAGUGCUGUACCAUCUGUCUUUGCAUGGAACACACAACCAGUUUCGGAGAAGGCAAAGGCAAGACAAGAUAGAUUAAAAGCCCGUAACCUUAAAAAGAAACUGCUUUUUGAAAUGCCUUCUACUUCUCAAUCCUGUGAGGACAUAGUGCCACUUAAAGAAGAUGACGAUGUGCACAUGACUGAUUGCAAUGUAUCUCAAGAGCUUGUAGUUGAAAAUGAAUGUGACAAAUCACCAUUGUCUUAUGUUGUAAAUCAAAACACUUGUGGCACUCAGACAUCAAACAUAUUAAGACUAUUCUCAACUGAGCUGUUACUUGCAGAUCAUGAGACAGUGCAUUAUUAUACUGGAUUAGAAACAUCUGCAAAGUUUUCUUUAGUUCUAAGCACACUUUUACCUAUGGCUAAUCAUUUAAAAUACCGUUGGAGUCAAGUAGUUUGUUUAUCAGUAGAGGACCAAUUUCUCAUGUUAUUAAUUAAACUUAGGAGAAACACUACGGAUUUUGAACUGAGCAAAAUAUUUGGUGUCAGUAAGACUGAGGUCUCUAAUAUAAUAGUGACUUGGAUAAAUUUUGUUAAUGAUGUUUGGAGUUUGGUUGAUAUUUGGCCAUGCCGAAAAUUAGUGGAUUUUUAUAUGCCAAAUAGUUUUAAAAAAUAUUAUCCUUCUACAAGGGUGAUUAUAGAUGGAACUGAAAUAAAUGUUCAAAAACCUAGUCAACCCAAUGACCAGAAAGCCUCAUUCAGCACCUAUAAACAUAAAAAUACUUUAAAAUUCUUGGUAGGUGGUUCACCAGGAGGUUUAAUGACAUACUGUUCGAGUGCAUAUGCUGGUUCUUAUGAUCUGCCGGAGCAAUAUAAUUGCCCUUGGACUUGA